ACAAGAAAAAUGGCAGCAUGUUAAAAAAGGAUAAAAAACGUGGAUGAUAAUUUAGUUUUCGUGCGCAUUUUUACAUGCAAGAGUUUUAAACGUUAUUUCGAACAUAAAACAUGAUUUUAAUGCAACUUUUCUACCUAUCUCUUCUACGCCUAUCUUCAGCAGACGAUGAUUGUACUUUCAAGACAACAGAGUGGAAUGGCCAGAUCAAGUCACCCGGUUAUCCCACUUAUAAAUCGGGCUUAAAUUGUAAAUGGCAUAUUACAGUCGCACUGGGAAAUGUCAUUGAACUUACGUUUUCAGAUUUUGCAAUGAGCAGUUACGUUGAUAAAAAUAAAUACGAAACCAAUUGUAGCGAUGCAACAGAUUUUACUGAAAUAUAUGAUGGUAACACAACUUCGAGUCGACUCCUUCAAAAAUUAUGUGGCUGGAGAAAAAGAACUAACUUGUUAACGACACAGAAUAAUGUGCUGAUUCAUAUGAAAACUGCAGAGAAAAAACAUCGUGGCUUCUUGUUAGAAUUCCAAGGUGUGUGCAACACUAAAAUGACCAAACGAAGUGAUGUAAUUCAAUCACCAAAUUAUCCGGAUUUGUAUCCACGAGCUACUACUUGUUCUUGGGUGAUUGAUUUUGGUUAUGGUAUGCAUGUCACGUUGCAGUUUCCAAAAUUUGACAUUGAAUACCAACUUAACUGUACUUAUGAUUAUGUGACACUUCAUCAAGGUCUUAACAUCGCUUCACCAAUGCUAGGCAAAAACUACUGCGGGCUUAAAUCACCACCCUCCAUCACAGUUACCGGGCCGUUGACACUCCAUUUUGUCUCCGAUUUAGACACGGAAUACACUGGUUUCGUCGCACAAUAUUUUACGAAAGAUCGUAACGAAUGCAUUCUGGGACAUGAAUGUCAUACAAAUGCCGUGUGUGAAAAUACGAUUGGUUCUUACACAUGCACGUGCAAGUCAAGUUUCCGUGGUGAUGGUAGAUCAUGUGAAUGGUAUAAAGAAGUGAACGAAUGUUCUAUUGGUUCACAUGAGUGUGAUGAACAAGCAUUUUGUGUUGACACGAAGGAUGAAUACAACUGCACAUGCAACAGUGGUUUCCAUGGCAAUGGGUUUAAUUGUUCUGAUAUAAACGAAUGUGAUACUGACAUAGUGGAACUCAAACAUCAGUGUCAUCAAAACGCCACUUGCAAAAACUACUUCGCUUCGUACGACUGUACAUGCAUAGAUGUGUACGUAGGAGACGGCUUCAAUUGUACCGAUCGUGACGAAUGUGCUCUUGGGAUAGAUAGAUGUCACGUGAAUGCAGUAUGCGCCAACACAGAUGGCUCGUACACCUGCGCGUGUAAAACUGGUUUCCAAGGCGAUGGAUACAAAUGCCACGAUGUGAAUGAAUGCAAAACGAAAAUUGACAAUUGUGAUGAAAAUUCUCAAUGUCACAACACAAAGGGAUCGUAUCAUUGUGUAUGCAAUGACGGCUAUAAAGGAAAUGGUUUUCAUUGCGAAGACAUCAACGAGUGCGAGCUGAACUUGCAUGAUUGUCAUAGCGACGCAGAAUGCGUCAACACAAAUGGUUCAUUUUAUUGUUACUGUAAGCCAGGUUAUGAAGGAAAUGGUACCAUGUGCUACGAUAUCGAUGAAUGUUUAACCAAAACACAUAGUUGCCAUGGUGACGCUUUCUGCACAAAUACAAAGGGACUGUACAACUGUACUUGUAAUUCGGGAUUUCAAGGAAACGGCAAAAAUUGUUCAGAUAUUGAUGAGUGCGAAGAAGGUAUACACAGUUGCCAUGACGAUGCAACAUGUCACAAUCUUAUUGGUUCUUAUAGCUGUUCAUGUAAUAGUGGAUUUAUGGGUAAUGGAACCGUCUGUGAAGAUUUGAAUGAAUGUUUGUUGGGUAGUGACGAUUGUCACAAAGAUGCAAAUUGUGAAAAUACUUAUGGACGGUUUACAUGCACGUGUUUGAAAGGAUUGAAAGGAAAUGGAACUUAUUGUGAAGAUAUCUUUGAAUGCUCAACUGGAACUCAUAAGUGUAGCCAACAUGCCACUUGUAUCGAAGAAUAUGCUUCAUAUUCGUGCAAUUGUAACACAGGUUAUCAAGGAAACGGAUUAAAUUGCAGCGAUAUCAAUGAAUGCUCCACUCCAGAGCUUAAUAUUUGCAACAAUAAUGCAAGCUGCACAAACACGAAAGGAUCAUACACAUGUCUUUGUAAUGAUGGAUAUAUUGGUGAUGGUUUCGCCUGCUCUGACGUGGAUGAGUGCACACUUAACAACCAUCGCUGUCACAAAGAUUCAACUUGCGUAAACACGUUUGGUUCAUAUACUUGCAAAUGUCUGACUGGUUUUACUGGUAAUGGAACAGAUUGCAAAGAUAUUAACGAAUGCAUGCAGCAGUUUCACAUUUGCGACAAGAAGAAGGGAGAAUGUAUUAACACAAGGGGUUCGUACACAUGUCGUUGCAAACCAGGGAUGAUUGGAGAUGGAAUAUUUUGUUCAGACUCGCUUGUGGCGUAUCUUGUCAUUGUAUCGGUGAUGGAUGGACAGUGGAAUAAUGACAUGUUUGACAAAAAAACAGAACAGUUUCAGAGCAUGUCAGCUGCAAUUAAAACAGAGGUUGAUGCCAUCUACGUGAACGAACGCGGUUUUAUAUCCAGCAAUGUUACAAGGCUGGGAUUUGGAAGUAUCCGAGCCACAUUGUUGUUAAAAUUCGAACCAUGGAGACAAUUUUUGAUUGAAAAAAUCGAGACAUCUUUAAAAAGAGGAAAAAUAAAUGAUAUGAAUGUGAAUCCGAGUUCGUUUGAAGUCAUCGAAAUUGGCACGUGUACAAGAGGAUGCUCUGUCAAUUCGUACUGUUCUAAAAACAGACUAAACGGGACUUCUCAAUGUGUUUGUGAAGAUGGCUACACAGGCGAUGGAGAAAUUUGUAUGGACGUAAACGAGUGCGAAAACAAUAAUGGCGGUUGUGCUCAACAAUGCGUAAACAUUGAAGGUAGUUUUUAUUGCCAGUGUAAUCCAGGCUUUGUUUUGGAGGUGAGUCAAAGAAAAUGUCAAGUGAAUAAAAGUGCAAACAUCAAGCACAGUUUCUGUGCACAAGACUUUAGUCAAGGUCUCCAUUGGAAAGCAAGCAUUGCAGAGACAACAAUAUCACACAAAUGUCCAAACAAUCAAAUCCAAGGCUCAGCAACCAGAUAUUGCAACAAGUUUGGAGUCUGGGACGACCCAGACCUUACUAGUUGCGUGAAGCCUGAACUGACACAAAUUCAUGGACUAGUGUCAUCUCACAAUCUGUCAUCAAUCACACUUUCAAACGUGAAUAAAAUUUUGAAAUCAUUACGAACGGAAUUGCAUCCUUCGAUGAAUAUAUUAUAUGCUGGAGAUUUGAUUCGAACACAAGAUAUUCUCUCCUCCAUGAUGGUUUUUAUGAAGAACAAAAUAAAAGAUAAAACAAUGAGUGAAGUAGAGACAGUCUUGGAAGGUGUGGGAACUAUACUAAGCUAUAUCAUCUGCAAAAAAAAUCAUGAAGCUUGGUACGGGAUACCACAGGCUUUCAAACGGUUGAAUAAUCACGUGGUUAUUAUUGAUAUGGUGGCCAAGAUUUUCUCUGAUUACAUGAUUGAAGAGAUGAGUAAGAAUUCCACCACGCAUCCAGAAUAUUUGAAAUCGUUCAACAUGGCUUUUACUGCUGAAGAAAUGGAUCUUCAUAUUAACUUAGUUGAAAUGAGGCGGUUUAAUGAAACGUCACUGGUCAUAUCCUCUACAACCAACCAAUCAUAUUCAGUCGAGUAUCCAAGCAACAUGUUUCAAAAAGAUGUCGACAAAUUGCUAAAUGAUAAAGGGUUGUACACAUCAAUUGGUUGUUGGGCUGACUACUCGCGACAUGUUACUCAGUUAUCACUGGAAGGUACACAUUACUUGCUCAAAGAUCAUUUCCUUCGACGAGAAGAUGCUAUCCAUAAGUGCGGAGUGGUUGCUAUCUCCCUUGGAUACAAUGUAUUUACAAUUCAAGAUGGCGGAUUAUGUGCAUCAGGGCCGACAUUGCAUUUGACUUACAACAAAGAUGGCACAGCAAACAACUGCGCUGUUGGAAAAGGUGGUCUGUUCGCAAACAGUGUUUACGAAAUAAACAAGUUUUAUACUGGAAUUCUGACAACAUAUCAUAAACAUCUUGGUAGCCUAAUGUUAAAGCUUUCACCAAAAAGCUUACUACUUCCAUCAUCAACACAAAUUCAAACUUACGGAGAACUUAUAACAAGCAAGAUUUUGAAAUACGAAAAUAAAUCACCUCUUGAUACACCAGCUAAGAUUUCAUUCCCACAAACAGUGUCUAACUCAUCAGAUGUCACCUGUACACAACUUGUUGAAAAUAAUAGUUCACUCGUUUGGAGCACCAAUAGAUGUAAAACAAAAGUAUUGGAAAAAAUGAUUGAAUGCAAUUGCAGUCGUUUAGCACACCAAACAUUAUUUUAUAACUACACCAAGUUGCCAGCUAAAAACGAUGAAGAUGAUGAAUAUGUUGUUUUAUCAUAUGUGAGUUUUGGAAUCUCCACAUUUUGUUUUUUGGCGACACUUUUAACAUAUUCUUGCAGCAAAAUGAGCAGGAUUUCUUUGAUCUUUCAAGCAAAUAUAACAAUAAUGACUGUUAUAACUGAGGUCAUAUUUAUGUUUGGAAUUGGAAGUGAAAUUGACUUGGAGAAGGGUGUCUGCAAAGCGUUGACAGUUUUGUUCCAUUUCUUCGUCACCGCAUUAUUUUCAUGGUUUCUUGCACAAAGUUGGCAUUCAUACCAUAAGUUAAACGACAUAAUAAAACAAACAUACACAGAACGAGUAUAUUGGUAUUUGUUUCUUGGUUAUGGCUAUCCCUGUGUUGUAUCAAUGAUAAGUUUGGGGAUAUUUUACGACAGUUACGGAAUCCAAACCAAUGUAUGUUGGGUGACAGACACACUUUUAGUCGCAAUGCUGGUACCACCUCUAGCUCUAUUGAUCAUUUUAAAUACUGUAAUUCUUGGUAUGGUUGUUGGUGUGUACUUCUCCCCUCGCUCAGAAUCAAGUUUUCCUGAUGAAAAAACGUUUGUGUUGGAGAAGGAUGAAAUAUGUCACGUUAGAGAUGAUAUUCGAGCCUCCUCCAUUUUGCUACCUAUUGUCAUAGCAACCUGGGUGUUUGCAAUAUUACAUAUGUUGGAUAAAAACAGCUUUGCUAAAUACCUGUUCCUUCUUUUCAACACGCUACAGGGUAUAUUAUAUGUUAUUGGAUACUGUCUGCUGAACAGAAAGAUCAUGAAACGUCAGAUGUGGUCAAACCCCUCAAGCAAUUAUGAUUCCUCGCUUGGAUCACCAAACUUUCCCAGCCUAAAUAUGUCCAAAAUGAGAGCGAUAAAAAACGGAACGAGUAAUAGUGCAUUUGAGACAUCGCCAAGAUUGGGAAAGGCAGCUGCAUACAAUGGAAUGAAUUUCAUGAACAUGAAAAGAAGUAUACCAUCUGAAGUGAUGUAUGAAAUGCAAGUAAGCAAUGGAUUUGACGAAACUUCUAUUGUUUUUUGCUCACGUGAUCAUUAUAGGGAAGAUGUUUUAGCAAGAAUGGUCUCACGCACCUAAACAAACACUUUUAAUUUCGCCAUUAUUCAAAGGGAUAACAUGUAGCCACGCUGGGUUUGUGAUCAUUAGUUGAUUUUAAUUCGGAGUUUGCUCUUAGAAAUUAUUUUGUGCUUUUUGGUGACCUAUGCUUUGAUAUGAGAAGAAAAACUUGAUUUAACAUUCCUGAAUAAGGUUUCUUAGUAAACUAGGCUACAGACACUUCGAUAGGUCUGCAUAGAAUAAAGAAUGAAGAAACAUUGUUUUUAUUGUCGUGUCGAAAAUAAGCUUGAAUGACGGACACCUCUAAUUAGUGGACAUUUUUUUUGCACCUAAAUAGUAAGCAAAAAGCCGAUCUAUCUCUUACUACUUUCGUUUUAGCAACAAUGGAGUCGAAGGAAAGAAGAAGAAGAAAAAGAAGAAGAAGGAAUAUAUUAACAUGGAAUACAAAAAAUGAAACAGAAAAAAAAAUUAUUAUGCCAA